CAACUGUGCACCCACACCUCGGGCUCGAUGUUGUGGGAAAAGUCUUAAAACCCGCGCCGACGACGUUAAAUCGGGCUGUUGAAUCCGAGUCUUCUGUGGAGAGAAAAGGAUCGAAUCACACCUGCUGCCUGUUCCCCGAAAGUAUCACCAAGAAAUUUAUUUUUGCUUCAUUGUCAGUGAGGGCCGAUAGGAUGCGUCUUCGCCCCGUAUUCUUCCAGGUAUAGCGGGAUCUCCCAGUUAAUGACUGUGGAACAUCAACCAAGAAUGAAUGAAAUGGAGCUGGCCAACUUCACCUACCCCAAUGUGUCCGAGGGUAAUGACACCGAAAUUCUGCUGCCUGAGAGCCCCUACAAGACGGUGGAAGUGGUGUUCAUUGUUCUGGUGGCGGGGUCUCUCAGUCUGGUCACGGUCAUUGGGAAUAUCCUGGUUAUGCUCUCCAUAAAGGUCAACCGGAACCUGCAAACAGUCAACAACUACUUCCUCUUCAGCCUUGCAUGUGCAGACCUGAUUAUUGGCCUGUGCUCCAUGAACCUGUACACAGUCUACAUUGUGAUUGGCUACUGGCCCCUAGGGCCAGUGGUGUGUGACCUGUGGCUGGCCCUGGACUAUGUGGUCAGCAACGCUUCAGUCAUGAACCUCCUUAUCAUCAGCUUCGACAGAUACUUCUGCGUCACCAAACCGCUCAGCUACCCGGUCAAAAGGACCACCAAGAUGGCGGGCAUGAUGAUCGCUGCAGCCUGGGUCCUGUCCUUCAUGCUGUGGGCUCCGGCAAUCCUGUUCUGGCAGUUUAUCGUGGGUGGUCGGACCGUGCCAGAGAGGGAGUGCUAUAUCCAGUUCUUUUCCAAUGCCGCGGUGACCUUCGGUACCGCCAUUGCUGCCUUCUACCUGCCCGUCAUCACCAUGACGGUCCUCUACUGGCAGAUCUCCAUGGCCAGCAAAAGCCGCGUAAAGAAGGAGAACCGGAAGCCCUCAGGGGCCAACCAGGAGGCCCUGUCCCCCAGCCAGGUCCGGAGCCACAUUGGCAAGCCCAACAACAACAAUGUGACAGCGGAGGAUGCAGACAGGAGCCAGACCCGGACCACGGAGAACCCGGCAAACCAGCACGACGGCAGGCUGCAGAACGGCAAGGGCCCCUCCACCACAGGCGGGGAAGGAGAGGUGGAUGGGGAGGAAGGGGUGACGGAAAACUGUGCUCUGGCCGAGGAGAAGGAGAGCUCCAACGACUCCACUUCCGGCAGUGCGGGGGCGUCCAACCUGAAGGAUGAGGAGACGGCGCCGCACAGGAAGAACUGCAACGCCAACGACGGCGCCAACCCCGGUCAGUCAACUGCCCGCCCCCGUUCGACCAAGGCCAGCAGGUCCAAGCUGACCUGCAUCAAGAUUGUCACCAAGUCGCCCCAGGGCGACUGCUACACAGCCGCAGCCACCACCGUGGAGAUCGUCCCCGGGGGGGAGAAGCAGAACCCGGUGGCGCGCAAGAUCGUGAAGAUGACCAAGCAGCCGCCCAAGAAGAAGAAGGCGGCGCCGUCACGGGAGAAGAAGGUGACGCGCACCAUCAUGGCCAUCCUGGUGGCCUUUGUGGUCACCUGGACGCCCUACAAUGUCAUGGUGCUCAUCAACACCUUCUGCUCCAGCUGCAUCCCCAACACCGUCUGGACCAUCGGCUACUGGCUCUGCUACAUCAACAGCACCGUCAACCCCGCCUGCUACGCCCUCUGCAACGUCACUUUCAAAAAGACCUUCAAACACCUCCUGCUCUGCCAAUACAAGAACAUUAGGUCAGCUAGAUGA